AUGUCUGCGUCUCUACCAGCGGACGAACGUCCAACGAUGCUGCCGUCGCUGCCCGCGCAGGCAGCAUCACCUACAGCAGCAGCACCAGCGGAGGUGGCCGCUGCGAGCAGGUCGGGUACUAGCAUUACAUCCGCCGAAAGGGAUUCGCCGCCGUCGGAGCGGCGUGCCAUGUCGUUCGAGGAGUUCCGUGAGUUCUACGUGGCAUCACGGCGGUCCAACUACGUGAGCAGCCAAGGCAACACAGCCGGAAGCUUAGUGCGCCGAAACGACGGAGGCGUGCCAACACAUGACACUGGUGAUGCUGACACGUUGACCGGCAAGGCACCUGGGCAGCUUCACGUGGUAGGCGCCCUUCGUCGGCGCAUUGUUGGGACAGACGACGAUAGUGCCAGGCCGGCGCAAACAGCAGCACCAGCAGUCACGCCUCCACCAGUAGUGCACGCACCACCAGCACCACGAGGUCGCCUUGCUCGCGGUGCCCGCGCUGUCGGUGGAUGGAUGAGCUGGUUGGCGAAUCAGGCCAUGCACAACCGCACGCAUCUCCUCCAACUCCUUCUUAUCUUUUUCGUUCUCUACGUGCAUGUCAAGUUGAGCAGUGCCCACCUGCUCGGCCUUAUCGUGUUGUACGUUGUUGUGAAAGGCAUGCAGGUGCUUAUUCGCAACUUUCAGAUCACUCAUGAGGCGGGGACAAUCGGAGCACCGUCCUUGCUUGGUCGUUUCUUCAAGCCAGAGGGGCAUGUAGGACCUGUGUCGAAGCUGCGUAAGAUCGGCUAUGUCGUUACGAAGUGUAUGGAGGCUUUCCUGCUGAGCUUCUUCCCGACCUACUCCCUCGAGCACCUGGAGCGUGAGCUCCGCGCGGAUGGCAUAGUGCGAUGA